GCGAUAGUGCUCUAUCUGCGCUGCCGGCUUGGCCUACUGGUUAUUUGCGACGGGGCUGUGGUCGGUUCGGCGGGUGCGCCGGGGACUGGCAGGGGCGGGGCGGCUUUAUCGCCCGGUUCUGCGGCUGCUGCCUGGCGCUCCAGAGCUAGCUGGACCGCUGUCCUCUCGCCAUGGGCUCCGGGCCGCGCGGGGCGCUGAGCCUAAUGCUUCUGCUGCUCGCGCCGCCGGGCCGCCCGGCCGCUGGCUGCCCAGCCCCGUGUCGCUGCGCGGGGACGCGCGUGGACUGCGGGCGCCGCGGGCUGACGUGGGCUUCGCUGCCGGCCGCCUUCCCGCCGGAUACGACAGAACUGGUGCUGACGGGCAACAACCUGACGGCGUUGCCACCAGGGCUGCUGGACGCGCUGCCGGUGCUGCGUGUCGUGCACCUGGGCGCCAACCCCUGGCGCUGCGACUGCCACCUGGUGCCGCUGCGCGCCUGGCUGGCAGGCCGGCUGGAGCGCGAGCCCUACCGCGACCUGCGCUGCGCCGCGCCCCCCGCGCUACGGGGCCGCCUGCUGUCCUACCUGGCGGAGGAGGAGCUGCGCGCCGCCUGCCCGCCUGGCGCGCUCUGCCGCGGGGCGCUAGCGGCGCAGCUCCUGCUACUCUGCCUUGGGCUGCUGCACGCGCUGCUGCUGGCGCUGCUGCUGUGCCGCCUGCGGAGGCUGCGCGCCCGCGCCGCGCGCCGGUGGCCGCUGACUACCCCGCUGGCGGAGGAGCCCGCGACCCCCGAGCCGAGCGACUGGCGCUGAGCCGUGCGGCCGGCCCACGGACGGCCCCCCGCUCCGGCCGCAUCCUCCGCCCACACGAUCUCCCAGACGCUCCCCCCACCGCGGCCGCGCGCAGGGGCCCCACUGCUGCGCGCGCACCGCUGGCGACACGCUCGCACCCCCUGGACCUGGAUGCCGAAGCGGGCCCGGGGCGAGCCGCUGCCCAGACCAGUCGAGCCCCCCACGCCAUCUCCAGUGCGAAUAAACCCUGCUCUCCAUCCGACCUAUCUCUGCACCGUGCGACUCGGAAUCCCCCCCUCAAACCCAGAAAGAGCUCCGGGGAUGAUUCAAGGGGACACAUCGCAUGUUCAUACACUCAAAAUCACCUUCUGGGGUGCGCGCAAGGUCUAGGAGUGAACUCACCUGCCACCGACUCUCCCAGAAGUUCUAGUGAGAAGGCACAGAAGAGCUGGAAGUACAGUGCCCGCACUGGCGGGAGUGAGGACAGAGGGGACAGUGAGGACGCUGUGGAGCAGUGAGGACACUGGACAGGACAGUGUGGGGACGGUGAGGACCCCACAGGAAGUGUAGUUGCCAGAAAGAGCAGAUGCUCAGAGUGGCGGUUUCCGGGAGGCAGUGAGGGUCUUCCAGGGGGCUCUGAGGACAGUCCAGGGUGUGAGGUUUCCCUGAAGGCAGUGACUGCGCCACACAGGCAGCUUUCAGGGUAUCAGGGGUGCACUGGGGAUGGUGAGGGCGGUCGGGUGGCCCAGCAGAUGCUUCCCGGGCAUCUGAGAGAGAAGUUCUGGAGGGCAGGUGAGGAGGGAGCGAGCGUUGUGAGCUGGGGUCCACGUAAAGUUCCCUGCAGGGGUGAGGAGGCACCUGGGGUUGCAGGUCUCUGAAUUGUGUCCUCCACCUAGCCGCCGCCUCCUGCAGGAAAGCACCUCUGACUGUUUCUCAGUCCCUGUCUCCCCGUCCCAGCCCUGGAUCCAGGCUGAGCCACCAGGGCCUGGAAAUCCUCUGUGGGUGUCCCAGUGAGGCUCAGGCUGCUAAUGAGGGCCUGGCGGACCCAAAGAGGGGCUGAUGCAUUUCCCACUAUUGGGGUCCUGCUCCCGCCCUAGGUGUGGCCCCCACCUGUUUGGCCCUGUGAACAAUGAAGGCUGCUUGCUGUUCACCCCAAACAGGACCCUGAGAAGGAGCCUCGGGCCUGAGCCCCAGCUGCCUGGCACAGGAAGGCCCCCGGCUCCUCUGACCGGGUCGGGGAGGCUGCCACUGACACGGCCUUUGUCCUGGCCUUUGUGGGACAAGACAGAUGGCCCUCCGGUCAGGCUGAUGCUAUCUCAGGGCUGCCGGUGGGACGUGAGGCAGGAGCCACCCCCUCCUUUGUGGGCAGGUG